AUGAACACCCCAGGUGCUGGCAUAGGCGCGUCUGGAAGGGAUGGCAGAACGCACCUCUUCGUCGGGAACCUACCAUACAGAGUUCGCUGGCAGGAUCUAAAGGAUUUAUUUAGGAAAGCUGGCACAGUUCUACGUGCAGACGUUGCCUUAGGUUUGGACAACAGGAGCAAGGGCUAUGGGAACGUUCUUAUGGGCUCUGAGAUUGACGCAGCGAAAGCAAUAGAGCUCUACAAUGGCUACGUCUGGCAGACGAGAACACUCGAAGUUAGGCCCGACCGCUUACCUCCAGAGUACGAUCUGCCGGGCCCGCAAUCCCAGCCUCACAACCAGACGAUACGCCCUGCAAGGACUUUGCGUGCCUUGGGUUCAUCACCUCCAGCAAACCUUGCAACAGCAUCCACACCAUCGCUUACAAACCGUAAUAUUUUUGUGGGCAAUUUACCUUACAACAUGCAAUGGCAAGAACUCAAGGACACUUUCAGAGCCGCUGGUAAUGUGAUCAGGGCAGAAGUCGCAACGAAUCAUGAUGGAACAAGCAAAGGAUAUGGUAUAAUAACAUUCGCCGAUGAGUCAGAAGCCAUACAGGGAGUACAGAUGUUUGAUGGC